UCAUUUACCCACAUGGUUUCAGAAGACACCAAAUGCAUCAAAAUUACACAAUUUUUUUUUAAUGUAUAUAUGUUCUAAAAGCAAUCAAUUCCAUCAUUAUUGCUCUGUUUAUAAAAUAGAUUCAAACUUAGAUUCAUGCAUUUACACACAACUUCGAAAUAAAAUUUCAUUCAUGCACAUUAUUAUCUAAUUUGUAGUGAAAUAUCUAAGUAAUCUUAUUGUUUGUGUUAAAGCUUUAUGAUAUCAUUUUUCUUUAAAAAAAUGCAUGCGCAAUAAGUAGAGCCAUAGAGCAACAUAUAAAUAUGUUCUUCAAUUUUUAACUAAAUAAAUUUAAAAUAUUUAAAAAUCAAGCAUCAUAUAAGAAUAUUUCUCAUUUCAAAUUGUAUUUUUCUUUUGAUUUUUUUUCUUUAAAACAGAAGAUGGUUCAUGGUUUCAUACAUAAUUCAACGGAUAGCGACACUUGACCGACCUCGUCCUUACAAGACUAACAAAAAAGUUAAAUCAGUUUGGAAUGUCCAUGCAAACUGUAUGCGUUUUGGGAAAUGAGACAUUCUCCUUUUUCUUCUUUCCCAGAUCUUUUUUUGUAUCUUCCCGAGAAAAUAAGAGAGUAUUUACUACUUAUUGAGAAAACACCUCCACGUUCUUUGCCCAUCUCGUGGGUUACGCUUACUCAUAUCAUAUCAACAACUAGCUGAAUUUUUUUUUCUUCUGGCAAAGCUCAAAAGUUUUAGCUUCCUUGUAACUGCCUUACGUUUAAGGUGGUAUGGAGAAAAAACGAGAGAUUUGUGAGUACAGAGAGAAACUUGACAAGACCUUGGCAUCUCCUGAGCUCACUAAUGACAAAACUCUUAAAACCCUUAUCAGAAACCAGCUUAAGGAAGAAGAAUGUAGUGUGGAUAUGUUGGAUCAAAGAGUAGCUGAUUUAUCUAGUGUACUUGACAAGCUUAGGAGUGUGUCAACAAAGGAUCAAGAUUUGUCUAAAUCAACCAACAAAGCAUCGUCUAGUGAUUGGAAAGUGAAACAUGACCAUGAAGAUUGUCGUGUUAUGUACCGUGAAGGACUUGAAGGAAGUCCAUUUCACACGUUGCUUGUGGAAGGUUACAUGGAUGGGCCUAUCCAGGACUGUCUAUGUGUAUCAUGGGAAUCAUCACUCUAUGAGAAAUGGUGGCCAAACUCUGUAUUUCCAGCAUUCAGGAUUUUACAAAGUAAAUGUUUGCAAAAGCUUAGGAUCAAUGAGCAGAUAUGUUUAGUGAAGGUGAAAGUACCAUGGCCAAUGACAAACAGAGAAGCUAUUGUGCAGUUUUUCUUAUUCGAGUACUUUAAAGACGGUUUAGUCAUCAUCCUACUCAACUCGAUCUCAGCAUCACAAGUAGAGAGCAUUGGUAUAUCUGAAGAAGCAGAGAAUGCUGUGAGGAUUGAUUUAGUAGGUGGAGUGGCUAUACAAAAGGUGUCUCCUGAGAGGAGUUACCUGAGAUACAUAGUGGAGUUUGAUAUAAAGCUGGACUUGAUUCCUCCAUCUCUGAUCAACUUUAUGUCUAGGCAGCUCCUUGGCAACGGUUUCAGACUUUUCAAGGAGACUAUUGGUUCGGUGGCUAAAUCAGAAGAUUACGCCAAAGUUUUAGAUGGUCCAUUGUACACUCUUAUACGUAAAGCUCUGUAUCCUCCUACUGAUAACACUGAUAUAAAUGUUCAAGCAAGUGAACGUGCACCUUUCAAAGGAAAUGUUCAUGAGAUUGAGGAAGAAGAAGAAGAUAAAAGUGUUUCUUCUUUCUCGGAAGAGGAUGAAAAUGUCAAUGGGAAGUCUCAAAGCAACGAUGGUGAAACACUUUUCUGUCUAAGUCCAGAGGUGAAGCAAGCACUAGGGACACUAGAGAGAGUGAUAUCAAUGGUUAGAAAAUCUAAAAAAUAUGAUAAUACCUCAACCUCUUCAGAGGAAGAAGAAGGUUCAUCAUCAUCGUCAUUAUCACCAUCACCAAAACAGUAUUCAGAGAGCACCGCGGCUGUUUCAAGCAGCAAAGUUUGUAAAGAUCCUAAGACUGAUGUUCUUGAUGAAGCAUCCCUCACACAUUAUCACAACCAAAACAACAACAACAACAACAGGCGAAGUGGAUCAAGUUCUUUUGCUGCAUCUCCCAAGAACGAUCUUACAACAAACUUUGAAGAGGUCACAAGGAUAACAAUCUCACAAGCCACAACUCUUUUUAGCAGAACAGAAGAGAAUAGUGACGACAAACCAAGCGGUUUAGAAGGAGGUAAGAGAUCGACUCUGCAGAGAAAACGUAGACCAGGCUGCUUCGGAGUCAGGUCAUGGAUGAGAAGGACUUUGAAAUAGAGAUUGGUAAAAACCAAAAGGUUUUGUGUCUUUGAAGUUGCAAAGAGUUUAAAGCAAACUACUAUCAAUAUAAGGAAACAUCAGUCGUUUCAACUUACAUGUUGGAUAGUGUAAGAUUAGCAACAAGUGUUGUCAACAAAUAUAGUGAUAAUAAAAGAAACAAUGCAGUAAAGCUGUGUGAUAUAAAGAUGAGUUCUGUUUAAUUCU